AUGGACAAAACGUCGCUUUCGGACCUCUGCACGAUCUGCCAUGCCGAGACGCCCAAGUACCGAUGUCCACGGUGUAGGACACAGACAUGCUCGCUUGCGUGCUACAAGCGACAUCAGCAGCGGGCCGCCUGCAAUGGCAAGCGUGACCCUACUACUUAUGUGAAGAAGAGUAAGUGGGCUACGCCGGCUGGUGUCGACCACGACUACAACUAUCUCAGGGGCGUCGAGCGCUCCAUCGGCGAUGCUGGGCAAGAUGCUCAGGAACGAGGGAUCGGUGUUGCUGCAGCCUCGACGCGAGGUGCGGCCAAAGCGUGGCAACCAGACAGCGGGCUCAUGAAGUAUCUCAGCCGGAACAAGAUCAUCGUCGACCGCGCACCAUUGGGAAUGAGUCGUCAGAAGAAUAACCAGACUCGGAUUAGCAAGAAGGGGAAGGUUACCUGGACUGCGGAGUGGAUUGACCAGGACUCUGCUCGCCACCUGCAGAAUGAGUGUUCGGAGUCUGCGAGUGUGGAGGAUCUUUACGAAGUACUGCAGGCGACCAUGCGCAACGCGAGAAAGCGGCGACAGAGUCAGGAUGGUGCCGAUCAAGCUGGAAGUCGUUUGGUUCGCAAGCAGAAACUGGAAGAUGGUGCUCCCGAGGCCGCAUCUGCUGGGCAGUCAACGUCACUCGAAUCUCAACAGACGAUGGGCGCAGACCAGCCAGGCCAGUCAGUCACCAUAGUCGAUCGACGUCGUGGGGGUGAAGAGAGUGCACAGGGUGGAGACGAAAGGGGAAGCAUUGAAGGGCCAACCACACCCACCUCGACAGGAGAAGAUGAUGCAGAGUCGGACCGCUCCUCACCUCCUGUUGAAAUCAUCACAGAGACUCAUCCAGAUGAUGCAACGACAGCAGUCGGCGAAACGGCAGAGGCCAUGUCGAAGCAGACCCGACGUGCCGAACGCUCCAAGCCGAAUGUCUACUACUACCUCCUCAAGCCCGGCACAACAGGAAAGGACCGCGUGUUGAUCCAGCUGGAUCCUCGCGCCACGCUCACCGACUCGCUGCAAGGGCGGACAGUACAGGAAUAUCCGACGAUCUACGUGCUGCAGCAACCACCGGGGUCGCUUCCGGAUGGCUUCAUGCUUGACGAGGAGUACAUGAUGAAGACUGCUAGGAGUCCGGAUAUCAGCCCUACCCAAAUCGGCGCCGGCAAUGCAUGCGGUGAUAGGCACGAGGUGAAGCCUACUCCCGUCGAGCCCAAGCAAGUCGAUGCGCAAAGCAUUCUGGACAUGCUGAAGCGGGAUGUAACGGUAUGA